GUAUAAUUAUAGCCCAGCGGCCUCCUACCCAAAUCAAUGCAACGGCUAACCUCCUACCCUAAAUCGCCAAACCUCUGUUCCGAAAACAUGAGCGAAUGAACCUGACCUCUCCGGAAUCCAGACACUAGCAAAGCGAAGAAGCCAAGCGAUUAAUUUUAGCCUUGUACGAAGACCCAAGAUUCAAGAGAACAAAUGGAGAUUGCUUCAUUGAAGCAGAACAUCAAGCACUUGAAACUCACAGAUACGAACAACUCUAUAAAUUCUAGUUCAGUAGAAGGAGACAAUGGUUGUGGCGUGCAGAUCACGUGCUUCUCUGAAGUCUCCCAUGAUGGUGUCGAUCUCCAUUUCCAGAUCAUUCGUCUUCUCAAACAGAUAUAUGUAUGGAUAGGCUGCAAUACUGCAAAAUUUGGACAUCUAUAUGCAGCUGGACCUACACGCCCUGACGAUGCAGUUUCUGUUACUUGCUUACUUGGAGGAUCAUCUGAUAAUACUGGAUCUGGAAUUGCACGUCGGUUAGUUUUGAAGACUGGCCUCAAUAUAAUAGUUGCUUGUAAUAUCCCCAAAAAUAGCCCCAUGCUUGAGGCUGAAGCAGAGAAAAAGUUGAUGGAAAAGCUUAUCAGUCUAGGUUACACUAAGCCAAGAUAUCAAGCGCUCUCUUCACAAUGAAAGAGAUGAUAUUGUUGCAUGGAGCUCUGAAGCUUGUCUACUAGUUGCACUGCUAUCUUGACCAUGGGUACCUCCUUGCUCUGGAGUUUCUUCACCUACAUUCAGAGAAUCAUUAGAAGCAUAUAUAAAAGUUUGAAGUGUAGAUUGAUAGUGGAUUGUUUUCUUGAAAUCUAAAGUUUUGUGUGUAAUCGUAUCAUCCAUGCGUUCUGGUAAACUGGUCAGUUGACUUGCUAGUUACUAUGUCUAACUGUUUAAUUGACAGUGGAUGGUUUUCAAUCGUAUCAUCCAUGCGUUCUGGACCUCUGGUAAACUACUCAGUUCGCAUACUAGUACUAGUUAUUAUAUCUAAGGGAAAAGGUGCAAAUAGGCUCAUGUACUAACCAAAAAAUGUCAAAUAAGCCCUUAUUUA